AAGCGUUAUGAAUGCGACGUCUGUGGCAAGGCCUGGCGGCUGCCGAGCAAGCUGGAGACCCACCGGCGGGUGCACACGGGAGAACGCCCCUUCGACUGCUCGGAGUGCGGCAAGAACUUCACCAGCUACGAUAACCUGCGGCACCACAACCGCGUGCACUCUGGCGAGAGGCCCUUCACCUGCUCUGACUGCGGCAAGAGCUUCAAGACGGCGAAUCACCUGAAGAUCCACCAGCGGGUGCACACGGGUGAAAAGCCCUAUGGCUGCUCCACCUGCGGAAAGAGCUUUGCCCAGUUAUCGGGGCUGCGGGAGCACCGGCGGGUGCACAGCAGUGAGCGGCCCUUCACCUGCUCAGACUGCGGCAAAGACUUCAAGUCGUCCACGGUCCUGAAGGUGCACCGGCGCGUGCACACCGGGGAGCGUCCCUACACCUGCAGCGACUGCGGCAAGGGCUUCAUCCGCUCGAGCUACCUGCUGGAGCACCAGCACAUCCACACCGGCGAGCGCCCCUACACCUGCACCCAGUGUGGCAAGGGCUUCACCAACUCCAGCAACCUGCUGGUGCACCAGCGCACCCACACCGGCGAGCGACCCUACACCUGCAGUGAAUGCGGCAAGGGCUUCACCCAGUCCAAUCACCUGCUGUCCCACCAGCACACCCACACCGGCGAUCGCCCCUACACUUGCACCCACACCAGCAAACGCCCCUACACCUCCGGCAAGAGGCCCUUCGGCUGCUCCGACUGCAGCAAAGGCUUCAAGACGGCGCAGGUCCUGAAGAUCCACCAGCGGGUGCACACGUGUGAGAAGCCCUAUGGCUGCUCCACCUGUGGCAAAAGCUUUGCCCAGAUGUCAGGACUAUGGCAGCACCGGCGGGUGCACAGCAAUGAGCGACCCUUUACCUGCUCCGACUGUGGCAAAGGGUUCAAGUCAUCAACGCACCUGAAGCAACACAGGCGGGUGCACGGCAGCGACCGUCCCUUCCCCAGCCCGGUGUGUGGAUAGCGCUUUCCCGUGGCCUCCCACACCCUGUCUCACCAGCGUGUGCACACCAGUGGCCAGGCCUACGACUGCCCGUACUGCAGUGAGG